CGCCUUCCAAGUAUCCCUCUUGCGAUUGGUUCCCCGACAUUGUUGGACGCUUCUGAUUGGUUUCUGUCGGCGUCGUGUGUCACAGUUCCCUUCCGGAAAGUGCUCACGAGCUGUUGCAGCGCGCGAGAGAGGGCUGUCAAAUUACUGAAGGUCACAAUGGCUGACAGUGCCGAGGUUACACCGGUCGUGAGCAGUCAGCCUCCUGGGAAAGGGGAGCAGGGAGGAGGAGAAGGUGGAGGAGGGUUGACUGAUGCACAAACGGAGGUGUUGGAGAGGUGUCUUCAUGCACUCAGGCAUGCUAAAAAUGACAGUCACACAUUGGCUGCUCUACUGCUGAUAACUCGUUUGUGCCCAGCAAGCCAGCUUGACAAACCCACCUUGAGGCGCAUCUUCGAGGCCGUGGGGCUCAACCUUCCAGCUCGGCUUUUGGUGACGGCGGUCAGAGGGAACGACAACCCGGGCUUACCCCCGCACGAGCUCCUUUCGCUGGGCACGGCUCUGCUGGCCGCCCUGAGCACAGACCCGGACAUGGCCUCCCACCCCCAGCUCCUCACCACCGUCCCGCUCCUGCUGGGCGUUUUAUCAAACGGCCCCGUGAGCCAGCAGAAACAGGCGGCGCGGGAAGAGAGUGUGAACACGGAAAGUAAUCCUGCCGGUGUGGAGAAAUCGGCAGGAGAGGACGAGAGCGGCAAGCAGAAGGGCGACGACGGCGGCAGUGAAGCAAACAAAGAGUCGACCCGCCUCCGAGUCUGCGAGGGCGCUCUCCCGGUUUUGGUGGACCCAGGGCGCAGGCGCAGAGAAGUGGAAAAUGCCAUCUGUGACCGCCUCCGGACCAGAGCCGACAGUCCUCCGCUGGAGCCGUGGCGCUCACCGUCCUCUGGGGGCAGCGCUUGUGAGGGGAAGUGGGAGAAAAAGAAGAAGAGGUCCUGUGAUUUACAGCCGUGGGUCCACCUGUUCCCCCCCGACCUACCCAGACGAUUCGUGCCCGUCCGACGCUUCUUCAGAGGGGUUUGA